AUGCAUCGCCAGGAGACUAUUCACGUUGAUGCGCCAGAAGAUGGUGGUCUCGGCCGAGACUCGAUAGUCGAAUGGAAGCCUUCGAGACGCCAGCUCUCCAUCAUGGCAACACUGGCUUUGCUAUCGCUUAUGGUUGCUCUCGACGCCUGUGUCAUUGUCACCUCGUUGCAUUCGCAGGUUAUCAUCGAGGACCUCGGGCUCAGCACAUACGACGGCUUCUGGAUCGGCACGGCUUACCUGCUGGCCAACGCCGUGAUGAUGCCUUUCAUCGCCGACCUUAGCCAUGUUUUUGGUCGACGGCCGUGCUUGACUGUUUCCGUCGCUUCCUUCGCUCUCGGUACCAUAUUCUGCUGCGUGUCCGACUCGAUCGGCUUGAUGCUGGUUGGGCGAUCUUUCCAGGGCGUUGGCGGUGCUGGCAUCAUCGUCUUGUGCUUGGUUAUUUUCACCGAUAUCGUUCCUUUGCGAUUGCGGCCGAAGUGGUACGGUCUAGUACUGGGGGCGUGGGCGUUGGGCAAUUGUGUCGGCCCUAUACUGGGCGGCGUUAUUGCCCAGAACACAUCUUGGCGUUGGAUAUUUUACAUCAUGUUUCCGUUCUGCGCCGCCGGCUUGGUCCUCGUGCCCUUGUUGGUCACGAUCGAGCCGCCGACCGCAUCUAUACGUGAGAAACUGAGGAAGGUGGACUGGCUCGGUAACGCCCUGUUCGUCGGCUCGGCAACUUUGCUGCUGGUGGCUGUCUCGUGGGGCGGCUUGCGCUACAGUUGGAAGAGCGUCGGCACUCUUCUGCCCCUGUUUCUCGGUGCGGCUGGCAUGGUGUGGACCAUGAUCUACGAGUCACGCUUCGCAACGUACCCGUUCCUGCGCCGGCGCCUUUUCCAAACCGCCAGCUCUGUCGCAACGUAUGCCUGCGGCACGAUCCAGGGGCUUGUGAUGUACGGGCAGCUGUACUACGUGCCUCUUUACUUCAUGGAUGUUAGGAGCUUCACGCCAGUCCAAACCGGCAUCGCGCUCUUCCCGGUGAUGUUUACGCUGGUGCCGGCGUCCAUCAUCACCGGCCGACUCGUGACAAUGACGAACAACUACCGGUAUCCGAUCUGGGCCGGCUGGACUCUGGCCAGUGUUGCGUCUGGUUUGAUGCUGCUGUGGGAUGCCGACACGCCAGCGAAGGUAUGGGCGCCGACGCUCGUUCUGCUUGGUCUCGGCCACGGCGCCAUUUUGAACGCACAAAACGUUGCCUCGCACGCCCUCUGUGACGAAGGCGACGAGGCAAUCGCCGCUGCAAUGUACGCCUUUCUCAGGCAGUUUGGCAUGGCGCUCGGGGUUGGCGUUGGCGGCUCCACCUUCCAGAACGUCAUGCUGCUCAAGUUGGAGAAUAACGGGUUGUCAGCCGCCGGCGCACGCGGAGGUGCAAGCGCUAUUGCAGCCAUUUUGAAUGCUUCCCAUGAUUCCGAGCUGCGGCCCAAGAUCUUGGAUGCGUACGUCUACGGCUUGCGAGGCGUCUACGGGCUGUACGUUGGUGUGUCAGGAGCGGCGCUUUUGAUGAGCCUCUUGAUCAAAGGCGUGUCAAUGAACAAAGAUCUCCAGUCCGAACACAGGAUACAUGUUCAGGAGACGGGGCAUGGAGGAGUCCAACAAGUCCAGAUUUGA